CGGAAACUCUCAGGGAGGAAUUAUUCGCCAAGAACUGUAUUAUCUUCUCAAAGAUGAGAAAGACGUCCACUUUGCAUUUGGAACAGUACGAGGAAAAGGGAUACGUGAGGCAAGUUAUGGGAUGGCCUUAUCGAAAUUCUGCCUAAACAUUGCUGGGGAUACCCCAUCCUCCAAUCGUCUCUUUGAUGCCAUAGCAAGCCACUGUGUUCCUGUGAUUAUUAGUGACAAAAUUGAGCUACCAUUCGAAGAUAUCCUGGAUUACUCAGACUUCUGCCUCUUUGUCCGUGCCAAGGAUGCUGUGAGGAAAGGCUAUCUGCUGAGUCUGCUAAGAUCAAUCACGGAGAAGAGGUGGACUGAGAUGUGGGAAAGAUUGAAGGAGAUUACAUUGCACUUUGAGUAUCAAUAUCCAUCCCAAACUGGGGAUGCUGUGAAUAUGAUUUGGCAGGAAGUUGCGCAUAAGGUUUCUUCUGCACGAUUUGAUUUGCACAGGAAGAACAGAUACAAGAGAUCUCAGCUUCUUGUCAAGACUGACUGAAAUACUGAGGUGUUCAAAGGUCGGCGCAUUUAUUAUUUUGGUUCGUCAUAUUUUCAAGCCACAUUUCUCCAUUUUAACUGUUCUUCAGUUGAAGCUCUCAUUUUUUCAGUUGUAGCUCUAGUUUUGAUAAAGUAGAUAAAAAAAUUGAAUCAUUUUUUUAAAUCACAUGGGUAUUGAAAAAUGGAAACUUGUGAACCAGGAUCAUCAGCCAUUGUCUUGUGGGCCUGUCAUGAUCAAUUUGGAUCAUCUUGUAUACAAAAAGUCUUAUUUUUAGC